AUGACCGAACCGAGACGCUCUGUGCGGCCCUCGCCGCAACGGUCCUCAUCAGCCCUGGCACCCGCCAACACAUCGGAUUCUACCUCUAUUCGCCCACGAAACCGGCGUCUUGCUAGCGCCUUCGACGACGAUAGUGACACUGCGACUUCCCGAGAAGCCAGCCGCUCCCGCCGAGGCCGUAACCUCGAUGUUCACGACAACGCUGCUUCUCCAUCUCCUGCGCGGAGCUACGGCCUUUUGACAGCUUUGAGCCCUGCCAACAGCCGCUCCACGAGUCCUCUACCCUCAGAACGAGGUGUUACCCCUCAUCGCACGAAUAGCGCAGCGAAUCUGAGCAACUUCUUCAACGAUUCGCUAACGCAAAGCUGGGCUUCGAUCCAGGGCUUCACCUCCUCUCUCCUAUCGGGUGACAAUGGCGCAGCUAGAAGGUCUCAGUCCCAUAAUCGAGCAGGCCCUCGACCCGGGACCUGGGGCAGGGACUUCUCCGGCAGUGGUAGUAUGAAGAAGACAGGUGGUGCUUGGGGCCCAGCUCCUCCCCAGGAACCAAACCUGAAUGAUGUGGGCGCUGGCUCGCUGGCAGAGCGGGAAACGGCUUUGAAAGCUGCGAGAAGGGCCAUGGUGCUGGAGAGCCACGAUGGCGUCAAUGGUGGACUAGAUGUCAGUGGGAAUCAUAAACGCCGUAAUUCCGACGAAUCGACUCCCGAACAAUCCCAGGCUCAAGAGUACCUGGUCUACAUUCACAAGGUUGAAUCCAGUGAUACAUAUGCAGGCAUAAUCUUGAAAUACCAGUGUCGAGAGGAUGCGUUCAGGAAGGCCAAUGGACUCUGGACACGAGAUAGUAUCCAGGUGCGCAAAUGGCUGACAAUUCCCGUUGAUGCCUGCGAUGUGAGAGGGCGGCCAUGCGAUCCACCCUCGUGGCACAACGCCCAUAGUGUCGACUUGCUUGCGCCAACACCUGCAGUGGAAGAGAACUCAUCGGCACUUCAUGAUGACUUCUUUAGCCGGCCAAUUAACGGAACGCCGUCAGCGACACAACCUUCUGAAGAAGAAGAAAGACCGUGGACACAUGUACGUUGGGUAAAAAUUGACUCAAUUCCUCAACCAGUCGAGGUUGCACGGGUUGCGAGAAACGCUAUGGGUUACUUCCCACCUCGACGAAAGAAGAGCAUUAGGACUGUUUCGACCUUUUCGACGCCACGGCAGAGCCUUGAUCUAUACAGUAACCCUCCUGGAUCUGCAGGCACUUCGUCUCGUCGCCAGAGCUCCCUCGGCCACCGACCCCAACUUUCUGGCACCGUUGUGUCAAGUCCGGGACGAGGUGCGAUCAGCGAAGGUGGCGAAACCUUGCCGGCCUGGAUGCGUCGGCCUGGUGGUGUUGGCUCCAUGGGUAUGAGUACACGGGCUCCUGGUCCGGAUAAGGACUAUCUCACCACAUGGACCAAGAAGCACUUACCUGGGCUCACCUUGGAGGGAAUACCCUCCAUGUCUAUUAUGGGCUCAGAAACGGCCCAUUUUGGAUUUAAAUCAGGAGAAUCGUCGAGCAUAGUUGAGAACCCAUCAGGGGAGGGCCAAGAAAUCGGCUCAACACAGCAGGGCAACGGACUGGACAAAGCGGCUGCGGCUGUAGAGACGUGGCUUAGGGGUGCCCUGUCACGCAAGCCAAGUUCGCAACUGGAUAGGAUACGAGGGAUGCCUGAAGGCAGCAGACCCGAACGAAACGGCGAUCUAAUAGAAUUAACAGAUACCGGCAGUGAUGAUGGGCGUCCUUCCGGGGCACCACCGACCAGCCUCAUGGAGUCGCUACAGAUUAAGAGCAGUAGCCGAAGCGAAGGUGAGGGGGCUGUUCGAGGACGAAUGGUGGCAAAGGGUGAUAAAGACGAUUGA